CUUUAUUGAAAAAUGAGAUUUUAAAUAUAAUGACAAAUUACCAUAAUUAUUGUUAAAAUAAAAUCAUUACAGCCUCGCCACCGCCCUCCGCCGUCAAGCCCAGCACCCACCGCCCUCAGGCCGCCUGCCCUUGCGCAAUCAUCUAUUGAGGAUAUCAACUUUCUGAGGAGUCCCUUGUUGCUGUCACCAUCACUUUAUAAUGAUCUCCCAACUGAUGAGGCCAACCCUUGUCGAGAAAGUCCUCUUUUCGUAUAACAGGAACCACGCUCCUUCGCCUCCUUACUCCUACACUCGGGUACAAACUUAUGUGCAGGCGUAUAUGAAAUGGAAAAAAGACCUCUACUUUGACUCGAUCGAUUCAAUUCACAAGUCCCUUGAACUGAAGCCCAUAAUCGCUGUAAAAAAUUUCUUUAUCUCAACAUCCUCUUCGCCACAUGACAAAUAUUCUAUUCCCAUCUCAGCUGUCUCCAAAAAAGGCUCAGAAUUUGAUAUAAGUAUCAAAGUUAUAAGGUUCUUGAGGAACUACCCGUCUUUCUUUGAGGAGUUUAAAGGUCCUUGCUAUAACUUACCUUUGUUUAGACUUACUGAUAAAGCCAUUGAGCUCGAUAAAGAGGAAAGAUUAGUUUAUGAAGGAUAUAGAGAUGAUAUCGUGGGGAGAUUGAAAAAGUUUAUAUUGAUGAGUGGCAGUCGACAGAUGCUUCCUUUAAAGGUUAUUAAGGGCUUGCGGUGGUAUCUAGGUUUGCCUGAUGACUUUUUCAGGGAUCCUAUGGAGUAUAUCGGAAGCGAUGGCGAUUUUAGAAUUGUGGACAUAGAAGACGGAUUAAAGGGGUUGGCUGUUCUUGACGAGUAUGGUGACCGAAGAAGGGAUAAAAUCUUGUCGAUGAUGCAGCAGAGUGCAAUGAGGAAAGGAAUAUACAGUGGUGGUGCUGAUGAGACAAUUGCAUUUCCAUUGUUCCCCUCCAAAGGGUUGCGGUUAAAGCAGAAGAUAAAAGAUUGGUCUGAUGAAUUUCAAAGACUCCCGUACGUCUCUCCAUAUGCUGACUACUCGCAUUUGAACCCCAACAGCGACACAUCAGAGAAACGGGUUGUGGGAGUGCUACAUGAGCUGUUGUGUCUGUUUGUCGAACAUGCUGCUGAAAGAAAGUCAUUCUUUUGUCUAAGGAAAUAUUUAGGGCUGCCUCAAAUGGUUCACAGGGCCUUUGAGAGGCAUCCUCAUAUCUUUUAUCUGUCACUGAAAAAUAAAACCUGUACAGCUAUCUUGAAAGAAGCUUAUCGCGAUGAGAAGGCUAUUGAUCCGCACCCACUUGCUAAAGUGAGGAGAAGCUACAUUGCUCUGAUGAUGGAAUCAGCAGCCAUUAUGAGGAACAAAAGGGCGAACAAUUCCAAGGCUUCUGAUCGAGAAAGCCUUUCCUCUAACGAUUCUAGUUGUGUCGAUGGUGGAAGAUGUAGUCCUACAGAAGCUCGACCUUUUGAGAUCCAAGGAGUGAAAACUUGAUUAUAAAGUGUGAAUGUUCUUCCUUAAAUAAAGAGAUUGUUUCAAUCCAAGAAUCGUGUUCCAGAUUUAUGUAAGAGGUGUGUAUAAUUUUUUUGGCAGUAAAUAUAAUUAAGUUUGAGGAUUCUAGGA